CUAGUAAUCGUGUUUACCGUGUGUGUGUGUCCCGAACAGCCUGUGACACAUGACUCACUCGGACCGUUUAGAUUCCAUACGGAGUUUAUUUUUCUUUUUAUUAUUAUUAUUAUUAUAAUAACAAUUAAUCCUCCUGGCGCGUGAUUAUUGUUAUUAUUAUAAUAAAUCCUGUUGCCAGUGUGUGUGUGUGUGAGAGAGAGAGAGAGUCCUAGCCGCUGCCAUGUUGUUGAUGGACCGAGUGGAGUUGGGAUGAGUUCCGAGUCUUGAGUCUUGAGAAAUCCGCAGAGGAGCGUAUGGAAAACUACUAGGAUCGCGUGUGGACUUACACUACGGGACGAGUUUUUUCUUUUUCUUUUUUUUUUUUCCUUGGUUUUUAUUCUGCAUGAGACAUGAAGUCUGACUGCAGGCCGCGGUGACCGAGUCCAUGAUCAGAUUUUAUUCCUAGGAUUAUCCUGUAUAUGUGUGUGUGUAUAUAUUUUCUUUCCCUUUCCCUGCCGGUUUGAAGUGUCGGAAGAAUGAGCUCCCAGUCUCAACAGAGGAGACUCGGUAACACGGGCUCCAGACUGCUCUCAGGUCAAGAAAACGACCAGCUGUUCGCUCACCUGGGGAGGAAAUGCUCCGCUAUGGCUGCCGGCGUGGUGCAGGUGUACGCAGCCGAUGGAAACUCGUCCUGGGCGAAGAGAUGCUGCGGCGUGGCCUGCCUGGUGAAGGACAACCCUCAGCGGUCCUACUUCAUCAGGGUCUUGGAUAUCAAAGACGGCAGAACCGUGUUUGAACAGGAGCUCUACCAGAACUUUGUGCUGCACGCCUCCAAAUCCUUCUUCCUGACCUUCCCAGGAGACAAAUGUCAGAUCGGCCUCAACUUUGCUGAUGAGCAAGAAGCCAAACAAUUCAAAAUGGCAACGAAUGACCUGAUAGCGAGAAGACACAGGAAAACCGAAAAAAGAUCCGAGCCAGCAAAAGAACCUGUGCUGCCGAUGGCAACGGUGGACAUCAGGAACCCUGAGAUCAACCAUGUCAGACACAACAACAAUUUCCAAGUCAACAACAACCUGCACAGCAACUUCAGGAAAGACAAGAACAAAGCCAAAAACAAAAAGAAGAAAAUCUCAAAGUCGGAAAUCGGCACCCCGAGCAACUUCCGGCAUGUUGGACAUGUGGGCUGGGAUCCUAACACGGGAUUUGAUGUAAAUAAUCUAGACCCGGAUCUGAAGAGCCUGUUUGACACGUGUGGGAUUUCUGAAGCGCAGCUGAAGGACAAGGAGACGUCCAGGGCUAUCUAUGAUUUUAUCGAGAAACAAGGAGGUGUGGAGGCUGUUAAGAGCGAGUUCCGGAGACAAGCCCCUCCACCUCCCCCUCCCCCCUCUCGAGGCGGUCCACCUUCUGUCCCUGGCUCGGGCGCUCCCCCUCCUCCUCCUCCGCCCCCGUCCCGUGGACGAGGAGCUCCGCCUCCUCCACCUCCCUUUAGAGCUCCUGCAUCUGCUCCUCCUCCACCACCUCCUCCUUCCAGACCAGGCAUGGGAGUUCCACCUCCUCCUCUUCCUAACAGAGGUCCCCGUCCACCUCCACCUAUGCCUGCCUCCAUGGCUCCACAUGCCCCACCUCCUGCACCUCCCCCGUCAGUUGUGGGAGUAGCAGGUCCACCUCCUCCUCCUCCUCCACCCCCACCCCCAGGACCACCUCCACCCCCGGGACCACCGCCGCUUAAUUCUGCUCUCCCAGGAUCAGGUUCAGAGGGAAGGUCUGCGCUACUGGGUCAGAUCAGAGAGGGCGCGCCGCUGAAGAAAGUCGAACCAGGGAGCAAGUCGGUAACGGAAGGCAGUGGUGGCGGCGGCGGCGGCGGCGGCCGAGGAGCACUUUUAGACCAAAUUCGACAGGGAAUCCAGCUCAAAACAGUAACAGAUGGUCCAGGUCCAGACCCGACCCCGGCACCUGCCACCCCCUCAGCAGGAAUUGUGGGAGCUCUGAUGGAGGUGAUGCAGAAGAGGAGCAAAGCCAUCCACUCUUCAGAUGAUGAAGAUGAGGAAGACGAGGACGACUUUGAUGAUGAGGAAGAAUGGGACGACUAAACUGCACUUUCUGGCUCCAACAGAUCCCGAAAAGAAAACACUAAACCGUCUUCAGUCUCUUAAGUCGUACCGCGAUAUAUUAUUCCACACGGUUAACUCUUCUGCUUUCCCUAUUAAUCCCCGUCAUACCUCAUUCCACCUGAAAAGGGUUUGUGAUGUUUUAUUUUACUCGAGGUUGCUUCAUCUUUUUUCCUUCACGUCUCCGAUCACUGUGCAGUUUCCAUCACGUUGUCUCGACUCGUCGAACGAACCAAAUGACCGGUGGCCACUUUUGCUUUUACUAGAAACGGGAACACUAUUUUCACUGUUUUCCUCUAUUUUCAUACGACAUUCUUCUUUACCUCACAGUUUCUAAAUUCAGAUUCUAGCGUGGUGUCGUUAUUUUCUUAAAAUCUUAAAGUUUAAAGCCUAUAUUUUUACAUACAUUAAAGUCUAAUUCUGCUAUGUGAAUAGAGAGAGAGAGAGAGAGAGAGAGCUAUCACAAAGAUAUGAAAAAGAAAAAAAAGACCAUUAUCAUGCUUUUAUCAUAUCAGCCAGAGACCCAGAAAUAUUAUAUUUCUGACAUUCUUGGAAUUGUUGGUUUAUUUUAGUCAGCUCAGUGUUCAUAUAUUUAAAUAAUAAAAAUAAUAAUAAUAAUAAUAAUAAUGAUGAUGGUGAUGAAUGUCAGUUCAGACGUAAAGCUUUUAUUCGUCAUGCUAAUAAAAGAUAUGCUGUGACGCUUUACUAAUUCCCAAUAGACAUUCCAGCCGUUGAUCUGACAACAGGCUAAAUGCAUACUUUUUACUUCUCUUUUUUUUUUUUUUUUGGUCUAAGAUUUAUUUGUGUAUCAGGAAACUUCAAAACAUCGGAAAUUGGAAGUGUUUUGAAAGAUUGAUGAAAUUGUACAAUCGAAUAAAUGUUCAUAUUUA